CAGACAUGCGACAGGCACUCCGUCUUGCACGCUUGGAUUUGUGUAUUGCCCGUAUUUCUCAGAAAAGGCGAUUCACAGGGUGCUCUGCUCUGCGCAAAGUAUUUCAAGAAGGAGAUAUUGUGCUCCUCCGAGACAAGAACGAGACAUCACACGAUACUGGAAAGCUUCUGACACUCGAUCGAUCGAAGACCACAGGCACUCGGAGAGGACUGAUCAAGCAUGAUGAUAUCAUUGGCAAGCAACCCCGCCAGACUGUCCAAACGCACAAGAACCAUACGCUCCGGAUACACGAACCCACCCUCGGCGAAUAUGUUCGACUGACGCCUCGAAUCGUCACUCCGAUAUACCCCUCCGAUGCCAACCUCGUAGUAUCACUGCUCGACAUUCACGUUGACACCUAUGGCUCAACAACCGGAGAUGAGCCUACUUUCGAGAUACUGGAAGCGGGCACCGGCCACGGAGCCCUGACCCUCCACCUCUCGCGAGCUAUACACGCGGCCAAUCCUCCUUUCCCCAGAAGCUCUUCCGCCUCAAGCAACCCCACUCCGCAAGCCGUGGAAGAUGCCAUGGACGGCGCUAUUUACGAAGGAGCCCCAGUUUCGGACAUUGAAAUAACCAACCUAGAAUCCUGGAAGGCGAAUCGUCGCGCCAUCAUUCACACGCUAGACAUAGCGGUGAAGCACACCAAGCACGCAAAGCAAAUCGUCCAAGGUUUCCGCCACGGCAUGUAUGCCCGCAACGUGGACUUCCAUGUCGGUGACGUGAGCGAGUGGAUUGCGGAGCAGAAGGAGUUGAGAAAUAUAGAUGGCCCCUUUCUGUCGCAUGUAUUUCUGGACAUGCCCAAUGCGGAUCGACAUCUGGGAAAUGUGGCGGAGGCACUGAGAGCCAAUGGCAUACUGGCUGUUUUCAAUCCUAGCAUCACGCAAAUUGCGGAAUGUGUUGCGCUGAUCAACAAGCAGAGACUUCCGUAUCUGUUAGACCAGGUUGUUGAGUUGGGAGUAGGAAACAUUAGGCAGUGGGACGUAAGGCCCGUAAGACCGCGCGCAACGCUGAGGGAGAAGGGAGGCGCUCGUCAGCCGGAAGCAACCCUCUCCGAUUCGCCGGUGCUGGCAGCUGUGAACGAGGUCGAGGGACAGAAAGCAAGGGACCGCGAACUGGCACAGGAUUCGGCUAAGCAAGGGGAAGAAUUCGUCAUGGUGUGCAGACCCAAGGUCGGAGAAUUGGUGGUAGGUGGUGGGUUCCUUGCUUUGUGGCGGCGUAUGGAGCCUGCGCAAAGGAGGCGUUCCGGGGAUUCUAUCGACGGAUCGUGACGGAGUCGGAACCGUUGUCUGCUGGGGAAAGGUGAUUGUAUGAUACCAUUAUAUAUAUAUAUAUGUAGUUUUAUGAGUCUCAACGUGGUUUGACC